CGCUUUCCUCAGGGACUCUCCUGUCUUUGGAACAUCUGGCCCAGCACUGGGAGAAUCCAGGACCUAAGGGACAUGCACUUCCUUUGUGUUCUUCACCACUGGCUUCAGGCUCUAGAAAUUCUGCACAGGUCAUGCGAAGAGCAAAGCACUUCUUUUCCCUCUUUGCCAACAGGUGGAUCUUGAGCGUACCUUCACGUUUCGGAACUCGAAGCAGACCUACUCGGGGAUUCCCAUCAUCGUGGCCAACAUGGACACCGUGGGCACGUUUGAGAUGGCAGCGGUGAUGUCUCAGCACUCCAUGUUCACAGCGAUUCACAAGCAUUACACCCUGGAUGACUGGAAGCUCUUUGCCACUAAUCACCCAGAAUGCCUGCAGCAUAUUGCCGUGAGCUCCGGCAGUGGGAAGAAUGAUCUGGAAAAGAUGAGCAGCAUCCUGGAAGCUGUGCCGCAGGUGAAGUUUAUUUGCCUGGAUGUGGCCAAUGGCUAUUCGGAGCAUUUUGUGGAAUUCGUGAAACUCGUCCGUACCAAAUUUCCAGAGCACACCAUUAUGGCUGGGAACGUGGUGACAGGAGAGAUGGUAGAAGAGCUGAUUCUUUCCGGAGCAGAUAUAAUCAAAGUGGGAGUUGGACCAGGCUCUGUGUGCACCACCCGCACCAAGACAGGGGUGGGCUACCCCCAGCUGAGUGCUGUGAUAGAGUGCGCCGACUCUGCCCAUGGCCUGAAGGGGCACAUCAUCUCUGAUGGAGGCUGCACGUGUCCAGGAGAUGUCGCCAAAGCCUUUGGAGCUGGAGCAGACUUUGUCAUGCUGGGAGGGAUGUUUUCGGGCCACACCGAAUGUGCUGGAGAGGUGAUCGAGAGGGACGGGCAGAAACUCAAGCUCUUCUAUGGGAUGAGCUCUGAAACGGCGAUGAAGAAGCACUCGGGAGGGGUCGCCGAGUACAGAGCCUCUGAGGGCAAGACUGUGGAAGUGCCUUACAAAGGGGACGUAGAAAACACGAUUCUGGAUAUUCUCGGGGGACUGAGGUCGACCUGCACCUACGUGGGGGCCGCCAAGCUCAAAGAGCUCAGCAAGAGGACCACGUUCAUCCGGGUGACCCAGCAGCACAACACGGUGUUCAGCUAACCUGCGGGUGAGGUGCGGUCCUGGUCACGGAGCUUCCACACACGCUGCGUUCACAUCUCCUGUUACAGCAGAGCUUUGGCUGCUCCCGAGCGGCCAAUGCUGCCUCCUCUCCUCCUGCCGCCUGGAGGCGCUGGGGCUCCCCUAGUGCCUUUCGGGGGGCUGGAAGCAGAGCACUGAUAUGGUCAGCUGAGCCCAGCUGCCCGGAACUCAUAACCUCAUUGUUAAAACUAACACUCGUACCUUUUUCUUUCUUUUUUAAAAAAGAAAAUGGUUUCACUUUAAUAUAAUGCUGUUAUCUUGAGACU